AGAAGGAAUCCUACAAAUCAUAGCACAUUUCUUUUUUUCCCGCAGUCGUCAAGUAUACCUCUGUUUAGGCUGCAUGACAAACAAAACAAGACACAAUACUGUGAAUCUAUAUUUGCAGUAAAGGAGAAACGUCUUGCUGAAGUGAGAAACUGUGUAGCAUUUUGUAGAUAAUCUAAACCAGCUAGGAUGCCAACUUUAGGAUCAAAGAGAAAAGACAACCCACCCAGGAUGGAGAAGUACACUGGGGGCAUGCCACAGUUGAGCAAUGAGAUGCAACUAGACAUCCUGAACAAGGUGAAGAGUGGACAGUUAUCAAUCGAUGACGCUCUGCAGCAGGCAAGGAUGGACAGAGAACAGAAGAUGACAGAUGACAAGGAACUAGAAUCUCAGUACAACUUUAGCGUUUACAAGCAUGGCCGCUACAGGUGGCAGAAACGGGUUUUACAGAUUGAUUUCAGGACCAAAAUGGUGUGCAGCAUAGAGAAAGGAAUCGUUAAGCGGCAACUUCCCUUCUCUAUUGUCAAGAGUUGUGAUGAUGGAGAGGGUUCCAGGUACUCUAUUUCCUUUAAAGGACAUCAUGAUUAUGAAUUGGAGGCCACGUCGCUGGAGGAUAAACAUAAGAUGAUGGAGCUUGUCAAUAAGAUAAUUUAUAAUAACAUAUACAAUGAUCAUGGAGAAGAAAAUGCAGAAUCCCAAGAGCAAUCUCAGGCACCACAGAGCAUUCGAGAAGGGAUGUUGUUGCUGCACAGAGGAGGCUUGGCAUCAUUUAAAUGGAUGAAAUACGAGGCCCGGCUCCAUCCAGGACAACUAACGCUGGUCCCGUUGAGGGAUGGCGAGAUGACACUCUCGGUGCCUGUUUCCACUGUGAUUCACCUGUCAGACGGUGACACCAGAGUGCAGAAAUGUAACGACUCUGACACUUUCAGUCUAAUCACCCACAAAAAUGAGUACCAGUUCAAGGUGCCAGAUGAAACAGUUGCCCUGGGGACUGUGCAACAGGAACGGGAUGCAUGGGUGAAAGCUAUUGACAAACUGUGUUCAGAGUGGAAAAGGAAGUCCAAGAUGUUCAUGGAACAAAAGUCCUUUCGACAAGUGAGCAUAACCGAAGACACAGAGGACAACGAUACAGAUCUCGAGUCCAGUGGUGAAUUCGGUGCUGGCAGCAUCACUUAUCCUCCAGCUGAUAAUAAAAAUGCAGAUCCACCCCUGAGUGAUGGAGAUAAUUUAUCAGCUCAGCAAACCCAUCCACCAGCUGAUCACACAAAGCCUAUUCCUAAACCUCGCAGGAGGAAUUCUCCCCAAAUAAUCCCACCUCAGGUCUCAUCACCGCCCUCUCCCAGUCCGACAUCUCCCACCUCCCCUCCAUACAGUCUCCGUGCUAUCCUUCAGCCCCCUCCCGCAGUCCCAGAGUCUCCUGCCCAAGAGGCAGGGCCUCCCCCCCGAAGCAUCCCAGCUCCUCCACCUUUACCCCUCAACCUAAAUUCAAAAAAAGCAUGCACCAAGGCUUUCCACUGGGAUCUUAUUGGCCCAGACAAGAUUGCAAAAUCGUUCUGGAUACAGGAACGCAUGGGGAGGAUUGAAAUCGACACAUCACUCUUACACAAGCAAUUUGCUGUUAAAGAUCUUCGGACAUUUGGUGUCGUUGAGCCAAAUAAUACCCAGCAUAUUAUGCUGAACCAGAAGAUUGCACACAACUUCAACAUUUUUCUCAAAAGUUUUCCGGUGCAACCGGGAGAGCUGAAGGACAAACUGUUCAUCAUUAAUGAGAAAGAUGGAGGCCUGUCUGAUGAGCACAUCACCUCUCUGAGGAGGUAUGUCCCCACCAUGGAAGAUGUGGAAAGGUACAAAUCCUACAAAGGACCUGUAGCUGAACUGCAUAUUGUGGACCAGUACAUGAUGGAGAUGUGCAACAUCGCCUACCUGAGCACACAACUCGACCUGUUGUUGACUCUGAGAGAGCUUCCGAUCAGCAUGAACGACCUGCAGCCCCUGAUUAACCAGAAGAUCAGAAUGUGCAUGCAGCUGUACUACUGCAGGUCAUUUGUUUCCGUGCUGGAGUACCUCCUCGCCAUUGGCAAUUACCUCAAUGAGAAUGCCGGGAAGGAAAAGGCCAAGGGAUUCCGCCUCUCCUCCUUAACUAAACUCGUCCAGCUCCGUGGGACAGACAAGAAGUUCACCUUGCUUCAUGCCCUUGUGGAGCAGAUUAUGUUGCAUGAACCGUGCUUGGCCACUUUUCCCCAGGAGUUGGCAGAAUUUGAAACUGUCCCUGGAGCUUCCAUCAAAGGCUUGACCGCAGAAGUAGAUGUCCUGAAGAAUGAACUAAAGAAAAUCACUCAGUAUAGAAAAAUGUCCAAGAAGAAAAAUAUAGCAGCUCAGAAUCCAAACUUCUUCAAAGACCUGAAGAUGGCGAUUGAGAAAUAUAACGCAGAUCUUUCGGCCCUGACGAAGACAUGCGAGGAGAUGAAGAAACUCUACUCUGACAUACUGGUGAAAUUUGGAGAACCGGCGGAUCAAGACUCUCAGGAGCUCUUUGGCUUGCUUUGUCAGUUUGUGCAUGACUUCAAAAGGGCACAUGCUGAAGCUGUAUGAGUUAUAGAGUUAUUGCACAGAGUACUUACAUUAGUGAGGGCAGAGACUGCAGUGUUGCUUACUAAAUGAAACUGAUCCAUCUUUGUUGUGACAAUUAUAGAAGUUUGAGGUACAGGACUAUAUGACACAGUGUAACUUAAUUAGUUUUUUCAAACUGAUGGUUUGAUUUAGUUUUGUUUUUUUUAAAUAUAUAUAUUUCCUGAGUUGUACAGAUAUUUUAUUAGAUAAUGGACAAUGCAUUCAUUGUAGCAAAUCCUAUCCCUGGACAGCCUGACAGACUGACUAUGUCACGGAAAUCAAUUUUGUGAAUACAAACUGAUUUAUGUCACAUCGUAUCAUAUCAUGGUUUGAUUUGUGUUUACUGACAUUUAUUUUGAGACAAAUCAGUAAUGAAGGAUGUAAAAGCACUUGGUUGGAGCCAACACCCAGAUGCUGAAGUGUGCUGUGAAAACUCACAGCUCUCUUUGCUGGCAGAAGCACAAACCCCCACCCCCUAAAAACAACUCAUCAGAGGCCAGCGGAGGUGGGCAUUCUUUGGGUGUGUGAUUAUUUUGAACAUUCGGUUGUUCUUUGGUCGGGGACAUUGCCUGUUCUGGUUCUCUGUUAGAAACUCCAAGGCUGGCUGUGAUUCACAUCUGCUAUGUGAAAAAACCCCUAAAAACAUGAUCAGCAACAUACAUUUCGCUUUCAAACAGAAGAAAGGUCUUCUUAUUGCCAGUUGGAACUGAUUGAUGUGCCUUUGUGUGUUUGACAUUUUAAUCAGUUAACAGAAAAAAACACUGUUUAUACCCAUAACUGUGAACGGUGGUGGCAUAAUGAAGAAGACCCCUCGCUGAGAUGGAAAAGUUGCAUAUUUUUCCGUUCUAAAAGGAGAAACCAAUUAUUUUAAUUAAAACUGUAUCUGUAGAAACGGGUGAUUCAUUAGCAGGAAACAUACAAAACGGCUUUAUAAAAUAUUUAGUUCAUGCAGCUUUUGUUUCAUACAGAAUUGUAACUGGCUUUUGUGUUUUUGUGCUCUUCACUUCAUGCUCUUGUAUUGCAUUUGAAAUCGAAAACUGAUAAAUCUCAUAACAUUUAGCAUAUAGAAAAAAAUCAAUACUAAAAGUUAUUUCAGAUUAUGUGGCCUUCUAUUUUAUUGCUCUGAAUUAGUUUUAGUUCUAAAAACUAAAAGAUAAAUAUAUUAACUAUAUUUUUUUCCACCCUUGUUAUAACCUUGUGUUUCUGCAGCUUUCAUUCAUUUAACAGACAUUUAACCUGAGUUUGGGUUGUGGGAUUUAAAAGGCUGUGCAAAAAAAAUCCUAACUGCAAUGUAAAUGAUUGGACAUUUUUUCCCAACUAUUAUUCCCUUCAGCCAUGUGACAUCUAAGAUACAGUAAUGUGCAAAAAUCUUGAACCACCUAUGUUUUCUUCAUAUUUUGCUUCCAAGGAAACAGAUUUUCUUGGAUCUUUUUAAAAGUAGUAUUGAGCAAUAGCUCUCCAGGCUUUCUGAAGGUCAUUCAAAGUUUUACUUUGGACAGUGGCUGCUUUUUUGGUGCAUUCCUUGUAUCUGACAAUUUUCAGAGGAAUCCUUUUUUUGUUUGUUUGUUAAGCCACUUAACACCGAUCUACGAAUCAUUCAAGCAUAAAAAAGACACCCAAGUCAAAGGAUGAAUGAGUGUUAUGUCUACAAAAUAAACAACUUAGCAAAGAACUCAUUUAACACACUGUUUCUUCCCAUUUCUUUAGUUGAAUUAUAUUUCAUGUGGUGUACCUCGUGUUUAAAGAAAUGAAGGAAUCUGGACAAGGGAAGGACAAAAGUAGUAGUAGUAGUCAGACCUAAAAUAACUGCCUAUGGAAAAUAAUGUUUUUAAGAAACAUGAAAAAUCUGACAAUCCAUCUACUGUCUAAUGAAGCCUCAUCAGAAACUGUGUCAGUGGAAGGGUGGCUUUCAAGAAGCCAUUUUUAAAGAAGGGAAACAGGGAGAAAAGGCCGAGGGAAGUGACACAAUAGCUUAAUUUUUCAGCAUAACAAUGAUCUUAAACGUCUGUUAAGGUUCUCAGUCAUCCAGAUUUAAGUGUCCCCCCCACAGGGCUGUGAUUGGGUAGAGGAUCAUUAGGGGGUCCAUUGUCCCUCUUGGGGGGACACUCCCACAGGGCUUAAAUCCAAUACAAUACAGUGAAAACAUACAUGGACAGAAAAGCCUACACACUAUCAGUCAUGUAUUGACCUCCCCAGAGACCUGUGGGAUCAUCUUGACAGAAAACAAAACAAAAGCAGCCAACACCCAAAUAAGAGCUUUGAAUAACUAUUCCUGAAGACUAAAAGAAUGCUUGUUUAAAGGAGUUCAGGCUAUGUUGAAGAAUAAAUGUCGUCAUACCAAAUAUUGACUUUCAAUCAAUCUGUUUUUACCUUACACACUAUAUUUACACAGAUGAUUGCGCAUGUUUUCCUAAAUCACGGGCCUAUUUCCCAUUUUCUUAGCAAAGUAUAAAGAAAUGGGGUGGCUCAAGACUUUUGCACAGCGCUGUAGAACUAAAUUCUGUUUACAAUAUAUAUAAAUCUUAAAUCCUGGUUUAAGCGAGGCACUCUUUACCUAUGAACUCCUGUGGAGAAAGUUCAUUAACAGGCGCCCGUGUGAAGGUGUUCAUUAUUCAUUUUGUUGUUGCUGCUGCAACAACAAACAAUUUGGCAACAGUUUUCUUUCAGAAAACAAAGCUUCACAUUUGUUUGAGAGUCUGUAGUUUGUACUGCUUGAAUCCCUCAGACCUACUUUCUCUCCUCUGACUGUUUCCACAGGAGGAGGCAUUGUUACAGAGGUUUGUCCACUGGAUCACGGUGACUUCCUCCGUGUUUGUGCACUGCGGUGACAUGGUGUAAAUCCAUUUAAAAUGUUAGCAGAGGCACAUGCUGUGAAAAUUUGUUUUGUGGUGCCAUGUUGGACCGCAGUUCUAUUUUGGGAAAGUUGAGUCUGAGUACGCCGCCUGUUUAAUUGGCAGCAGAGGGAAUAAAACAAAUUCGCAUUGGACCAAAAGUAAACUUGUUCAGGGUCACAUCUCGGCGGCUUCUGUGUACCUGCCUAAAACUUUAAAGCUGCAUUAAUCAAUACUUUAUGUUAAUACUGGAUCAAAUGACUUUCUAAUGUGAAACGUGUCACUUAUAUCAGAAACCUUCUGAGAAUUAUCUCCAGAGGUUUUAAGGGCUUACAUUGCGAGGAAAAUGAGAUGUGUGAGAUCAGAGUAACAAGGGAGAGUACAGGUGUGUUUUAGAUCAGGGUGGAAGCUAUGAUUAUGUGCAAGCCUUUCUUAUCAAGAGAUUAAAAACUGUCUGCUGGCAUACUAAUCUGAUAACCCAUCCCCUUUUGCCUGACAACUUAGCCCCUGGGGACUGUGGCCAAUGUUUGGGCUUCCAGUGCUGCCAGUGGAUAGAUUAAGACUUCCUGUUCUGAGUCAUGGUUUAUGAAAGCACAAACAUUUAUUUAUUUAUUUAUUUUUUUUUAAAAACUCAUAGAAAAGGUGGUUCUAAGAAACUGAGAGGCUCUGCGUUGGCAUAUGGUAGACACUCCAACACGUUCUCACUAUCAAAGCAUAAAAUUUUAUGCUAGGUGACAAAUCGUCGAUUACGCUUCCGGGGACCCAACACGUCCCUAUAUUACGAGAUCAAAAAAAUGAGGAAACAUGCAAACACUAUCUAACGUCAUUAAAGUGCUGGUUAAGGUUAGGGAUCAGGUUAGGGUUAGGGCUGGAAUACACGUGAAUUACCAUGGGAGCGUCAUUCUACUGGAUUUCAUCCAUAACCCGACGCGUAGAAUAAGAAAGCGUCGGGUAAACACCUUUUGUGUUGCUCAGAAACGCCGCGGGACUUGACAAAUCGUCAUUAUUUUACGCCUCUGGACACUCUGAGCUGAACACUCACAAAGUAUACCCAAAGUUUAGCCUGAAUUAUUGUCGGUCUUUCAGCAAUGAAAUCUUGUUGACUUCAAUAAGACUUCAAAACAGUGAUUGACAACGUGAACCUAUUAGAGAAGCCUUACUGUUGUCACAAAGUGAGAAGCAGGGUCAUUUUGUCAUAGAUUUCUAUCAUGCAAUGUCAUUUAGUUUGUUUCUUGGGUUAUUUACUUGUUUUCUUAUUACACUCAAACCCUUUAAGCAUUUACUCUGUAAGUCAUACACACACACAUCCAACAUGAUGGGGCUUUAACAGCUAAGUGCAAUAUAGUUUUUUAAAGAAUUUCCGCUACCUAAAUACACUUGAAAGAAAGGUGAACAUUAAAAAAAAACACAGAAACUAGCUCUGUGCGCAUGGUAAUAACAAUAAUUUCACUGUGGUGUUAAAAGGUUCUUGUUCUGCACCAAGAGGGACAAAAACUACGAUUAUAGGGUUGGGUUUUUAUAAUGAGCAGCAGGCAUUGCUGCUAAUCAAAGUUAUUUUUACACAAAAAUUGUUGUGUCCAAUGAAAGCACAUGAGGCAGGCACUCUUGAGUCACACGGCCUAAACAAAUGCCUGCUAAUGAUCGAGAGAUACAUGCUGUGCAUUUAAUCACACUUUGAUAAAAAAUAAGCGGUUUGAAAGUUGUUGUUUUUUUCUGCAUGUUAAAAAAAAAACCCCACACACCUGAAAAUCCAGGUUGAUAAUAGCAUCCCACUUCUCCACGAAGGAGCAAUCUGAAGACAUUUCGCUUUAAGUUUACAAGGUUCAAGACUCACAAGAGCACUGAAUAGUGUGUCUGGCUGAUAUUGAUUUGGAGACAUAUACUCCUAAAUUGUUGAUACAACCCCAGAAAAAUAUCCUUAGACAAAUGUUAAAAGAUUGCUGACAGACCCAGGCGGCCUCUGUUAGUGACUGACAGCUCAGAUCCCUGAUCGCCUCUGGCCUGCUCUCUAUUUUAUUACUUUGAAAAGUGGCAUAUUUAUGCUUAAUUAGUUUUAUAUUAUAUGCAAUGACAAAUGAACAUGAACUUUUCUGAAGAGUAACAAAGUGGUUCCUUGUGUGCGACAGGGCUGUUCACAAGUGUCAAUACAGUAGCUUAAAUUCAGAGUACAUUCACUCCUUUUAACGACUAAUUAAGUUCCUUAGAGACAUUUUUAAAGACCCACUGGUGGGACUUUUUUUUUAAAUUUAUUUUUCCAUGUCUGAUAAUGUAACAAUUUAAGUCCCCUAUAGACAGCAUUUGUUAAAAAGGAAACAAUUGCUGUAGGGGACAGGUAAAAUAUUAAUGUAAUUUAACCCUAUAAUACCCUUCGUAUCAUAUUUGCUACAUGAGUUUCUGAGACCUCUAUCUCAUCAACAAUAUAUAUACUUGCCAUAAUUUCAAAAUGUUAUGGACAAAACUCUUCUUUGGCCUAAAAUUAACAACGUUGUUAACAAAAAAUUGCCAAAAAAACCCCAAUGUAUCAAAUGCGAUACAAAAAAUGGCGAAACGUUUCUCCCACUGAAAACGCUACAUCCAGAUGAACAGAAUCAACCUUUUGGGAUUUACUUACCUGGAUGAUUGAGCAUGCAUAAAGACAAGGGUUAAUAAACAUCUCAGUUACAAAAAUUUUCUGGCUAUUUUUUGAUGGCUGGGUCUUACAGGGUUAAGCAUUUGUAGAGACAUCUCAUCUUUAGGGUGAGUUUAGUUGCACCGUGGUCUGCUGAAACUGAUGAAAAGUGUUUUAGAUUCGUCAGGUUUUUCUAACACUGAAUUACUAAAGUUCAUCUCUGCCUGACACUGAUUUACAACAUGACACGUUUGAGAUAAUGUUAUGUGUGUUCCAUUGUGAAGGGCUUUUCACAGCAGGAGCACGGCCGUCACUACUGAUGGGAACAGCAAGGUCAGACACAGGUACUCUAAUAGCUGCUGGUGAUUCCCCCCCUCCAAACACGACUGAGUGAAAGACAAAGGCUGUAUACAGUUAUUUCCAAAAAAUUGAUUCUUUUUGCACAACAUUUCCACAUUCAAAUGCUUCUUCAAUCAAAUUUACAAUUAUGUCCCAGCGAACAAAGAAGGGGCCUUGAGUCUCUUGACCUUGGAGGUCUUGGUUUUGUUCCACUGGCAGAGACACUUGAAAAGAUUUUUCGUGGAUAUCCAACAAAAUAUACAAUAAUUCAUUUUCUCGAAAAUAAUUUAGAAAUCAUCGUGGCGAGAAAGUGAAAGAAGGAUUAUGAGAGCAAUCAUGAGUUCCACUUCUCAUAAAAAGAAAAAUUCUAAUUCAAAUAAUUCACACUGGAGAGGUGACAAAGACGUUUCGAACACAAAUCUCUGAGAGAACAUCCACACAGUCACUUGUGUGCACAGCCUGCGCAAAGAUAGCUUCAGCUUUAAGCUCGGUGACUGGAUGUUUACGUGAAGACUUUACCUUUGGCUUUGUAUUUAAAGAAGUAGAUAUAUUCUGUGAUGAUUUAACCAGGAGACUUUUCAUGCCGAUCCAAACUAUCGAAGUGAUCCAACUGUGAGUCAUGUGGCAUUGCAAGAAAGAAAUAUAUUGAACAUUUACUUCUAGAUACAGGCCCACUCAAAUUCACCCUCUGCUUUGCAUCUCAGUGGCAAAGUUACCUGACAGCGUUAACCUAUGUGGGAAUGGAGAGUGCAAACUAGAGGAAGCUACUGUAACUCGUUAACUGUGUGUCACCGACAUUUUUGUUUUAUUCACAAUGUGUAAAGAGCUUCAUAAACAGGGGGCGCUUUGAGGACACUUAUGAGACAAUAACACAUCGGCUUAUUUUUAAUAAACUGUGUGAACUCGAAAUUCCAUUAACAAACAAGCCAACAGGUCUGCUUUAGUAAGCAGCCAACAAAAUCAUUAGCCCAGGGAGGUUUUCUUUUUUGUUUGUUUGCUUUUUUAUGUCCUUUGCAUAAAUUCUUAAUGGAAUAAAAAGGAGGCGGAUAUGGAUAGGAUUUUAUUGAUGCCAAUGCCAUUAUUCGUUUCAAUUCUUUAUUAAGAAUUGAAAAGGGACAGCAUACUAGGCUUUCUGCAGAAACAUCACUGCUGUUUCAGAACUAUAGUCAUUUAUAAACACAGUUCCCAAUUUUUAGAGGUUCUAGUAAAUGCAGUUUUUUUCUUCGCCGCAGCAGAUCAGCUGACUCCAUCUUACCUCAUCCUCCUUUUGUCAUACCAACCAUCUGUGUGUCCUCCUGCACUACAUCUUCUGUGUAAUCUGCCUUUAUCUAAUCAUCCUUUAUUUAAUAUAUGAACUGCCCAUCUCAGCUUUUCCUUUAACUUUGUUUCCAAACUGCUUAACCUGAGCUGACCCUCUGACAUACGCAUUUCCAAUCCUGUUCGUCCAUUGGUCAUUCCCAAUGAAAAUCUUAUGUUAACCCUUUAAAACUUGAACCAUGGAAUAACUGCCAGAAAUCUUUAAUUUUUUCAUAAUGAA